CAAUAGCUCAUCCCGCAACUUCCUGUCGCUCUAAUUCCUAUUGCAAACGGAGGCACCUUAUUUUAGCCUAGCCAGCUAACUGCAUAAACAGAAAAAACACCAAGCGAUCUUUAAAAUAACGUAUGAUCUUACGUUUCAAUAACAAGUUUCAAAUUUAAGCGAGUACGUGGAUUUUCAAAGGCAGAUCGGUUUCCGUUAGUUUUCAUUGAAGGUUCUGUUAUCAUGCUAACCUUGUACACUAGAGAUUUGCUUGAAGGAAGCUAGCAGGGAGUUUCGCAUGUUGUUGGAAUUAGACUGUUAUCGAAAAAGGUCGGAUAUAAAAUCAGUUGUAAAACGAAAGUUUUCCUUUUGUACAGAAAUAUCGAUUUCUGUUGACACCUGUAAGCUAGCAGCUAGCUAGCGCAAUACGUAAACUGAUUCUACUAGAAAUGGUAGACGCCCUCAUGUGCCCAUGGAGAAGGCGGCUUUCGAGGCGUGGCUGGAGUCAGUAUCCACCUCCUUCCUGGCACUAAACGACCAACAGCGCAACCAAUCUCUGGACCACCUUAUCUCACUGAGUGGUGCCGUUCAGCUGCGACAUCUGUCCAAUGGACUGGAAGCUCUUCUGAAACGUGAUUUCCUGCGCCUGUUGCCGUUAGAGCUGGCCUUCUACCUUCUCCGUUGGCUAGACCCACAGACCCUGCUCACCUGCUGCCUGGUGUGCAAACAGUGGAAUAAAGUCAUCAAUGCCUGUACUGAGGUUUGGCAGGGCGUGUGUCGAGACCUCGGCUGGCGCAUUGAUGAGUCUAUCCAGGAUGGUGUACACUGGAAGGGUGUAUAUCUGAAGGCCAAGCUACGCAUGAAGCAGCUAAGGGAGGAGGAUGCUUUUGAGACGAGCUCUCUCAUUGGACACAGUGCUCGUGUAUACGCUCUCUACUACCGGGAUGGGCUGCUUUGCACAGGUUCUGAUGACUUGUCAGCCAAACUAUGGGACGUUCGCACAGGGCAAUGCAUCUAUGGCAUCCAAACACACACUUGUGCCACCGUCAAAUUCGAUGAGCAGAAACUUGUGACCGGGUCUUUUGACAAUACCAUUGCGUGCUGGGAAUGGAGCACUGGUGCCAAAAUCCAGCAAUUUCGAGGGCACACAGGGGCAGUAUUCAGUAUAGAUUACAAUGAUGAACUGGACACCCUGGUCAGCGGUUCAGCAGACUUUACUGUAAAAGUCUGGUCCCUCUCUGCAGGGACUUGUGUAAACACUUUUACUGGGCAUACUGAGUGGGUCACCAAGGUACACCUUCAGAAAAGCCAAGUGGAGUCCAUGAUGCACAGUCCAGGGGACUAUAUACUACUGAGCGCUGAUAAAUAUGAAAUCAAGGUGUGGCCAAUAGGGCGUGAGAUCAACUGUAAAUGUUUAAAGACCCUAUUUGUGUCAGAAGACCGCAGUGUCUGCUUGCAGCCACGAUUACAGUUUGAUGGCCGCUACGUUGUGUGUAGUUCAGACCUGGGCAUCUACCAGUGGGACUUUUCAAGUUUUGAUGUUGUCAGAAUCAUCAAACCACAGCAGGACCCCUCCAGCAUCUCUCUGCUUAGUUUUGGCCAGGUCUUUGCUCUCCUAUUUGACAACAACUAUCUUUAUGUCAUGGACUUGAGGACAGAGGCCAUCGUGGGCCGCUGGCCACUACCAGCCUACCGCAAAUCCAAACGUGGCUCUAGUUUCUUACCAGGCGUCACCUCUUGGCUCAAUGGACUUGAUGGCAAGAACGAUGCGGGCCUGGUGUUUGCCACCAGUAUGCCUGAUCAUAGCAUUCAUCUGGUUCUGUGGAGAGAGAAUGGGUAGAAACUCUGAGGUUAAUUCAAAGCCCUGCGGACAAGUCAAAAUGAGGAAAGGGUGCUCUAAAUUUUGGGAAAAGCGUUAAAAGCCAACUAAGUUAGAUAAUGCAUGGACCAAAUGUGUUCCUCCUCCUUGCUUUUGUUGCCAUAUGCGUUGAGGUUGAUGCUUAACCCUUUUUAGUCACUUGCACACUGCACAUUCAAUGCUUAUUCACUUUACUAUUCAAUGAUUUUAAAAGCCGAUGUAGAUGAUUUGUAGAACCAGAGCAUAUCUUCUACCAUGAUUUGAACAAUCAGAGGUUUUUGUUCUUCAGAUUUGAAAUAGUUCCUUCUUAGUUUAAUGUUUGCCUCUCUUUGAGAAAGCUAGCAAAAUGCAACUGCAGCAGAGAGGAGAUCGCUCAACAGAAAGCACGAUGUGUAGAGUUAGCGAUUUUUCUACGGCACAAUCACACAUGAAGUACUUUUUGUUUGAGUGUUAUAUUUUCAACUCAUUUGCAUUUAGAGGUCAAACAUUUUGGACACUCAGAAAUGUUGCCUUAAAGCCUUUAUUUUUUCCCUUGAAGAAGUUGAUUUUGAAGACCUCACAGUUUAAAGGUAUGUGAAUGUCUGUGGUUAUCAUUUUCUUGAGUCUUGAAAAGACUGUGAUAAAAAUGCUCUGCGAUCUAAUCAAGCGGGUUUUGUUUGAAAGUCAUUCAGAGGAGGCUUCAUGCUGUUACUGAACCUUUGUCAUUUUUCAUCCAGUUAAUUGGUCAUGUGCCUUUCUGUUUUAACACUUUAAACACAUAGCGAUUACAGUACAUCAGAAAUGAUGAAAUCUAAUGUCGCAAAACUCCCUCAGUAAAAGUAAAAGUUUUCUUUCUUUUUUAACCGAAUAUAUUCAACACUGUAAUUAGUCUUACCACUUUUAGCCAGACUGGAUCACUUGAAAGUGUUUCUCGUGAAUCUCAUGAAUGUUAAUUUUUAAUCCUUAUUUUUAAUGGCGUAUCUUAUUUUGCAUAAUCCAGGGCAAACCAGCCAUUGUUACUUUGCACACCAGUGCUAUAGCUGAGACUGUAGUUCUGUAUAUCCCGCUGGAACAAAGUUGUUUCGUUUUCCUAAACCAUUAAACAUAAGCUGAGUUUUUA